AUGUGGUACAGUACAGUUUUACUGAUGUUUUACAUGUGGUACAGUACAGUUUUACUGAUGUUUUACAUGUGGUACAGUACAGUUUUACUGAUGUUUUACAUGUGGUACAGUACAGUUUUACUGAUGUUUUACAUGUGGUACAGUACAGUUUUACUGAUGUUUUACAUGUGGUACAGUACAGUUUUACUGAUGUUUUACAUGUGGCACAGUACAGUUUUACUGAUGUUUUACAUGUGGCACAGUACAGUUUUACUGAUGUUUUACAUGUGGCACAGUACAGUUUUACUGAUGUUUUACAUGUGGUACAGUACAGUUUUACUGAUGUUUUACAUGUGGUACAGUACAGUUUUACUGAUGUUUUACAUGUGGUACAGUACAGUUUUACUGAUGUUUUACAUGUGGUACAGUACAGUUUUACUGAUGUUUUACAUGUGGUACAGUACAGUUUUACUGAUGUUUUACAUGUGGUACAAUACAGUUUUACUGAUGUUUUACAUGUGGUACAGUACAGUUUUACUGAUGUUUUACAUGUGGUACAGUACAGUUUUACUGAUGUUUUACAUGUGA